GAAAUCUCCCCAGCGGAGAAGCUUUCCACCAUGGUGGAACACUCGACCUCCACACCGUACGUCUCGGUGAUGGACCAGUAUGGCUACCAAAUUGGCAAAGCCAUUGGGCACGGCUCCUACGGGACUGUCUACGAAGCUUACUUCUCCAAGCAGAAGUCCAUGGUGGCUAUUAAGAUCAUCUCGAAGAAGAAGGCCUCGGAGGAUUAUCUCACGAAAUUCUUACCCAGGGAAAUACAGGUGAUGAAGAGCCUCCGCCACAAAUACGUCAUCAGUUUCUACCAGGCCAUCGAGACCACCUCCCGCCAUUACAUCAUCAUGGAAUUGGCACCAAGCGGGGAUGUCUUAGAAUGGAUCCAGAAGUCCGGGGCCUGUUCGGAAGCUCUGGCUGGCAAGUGGUUCUCUCAGCUGACCCUGGGGAUCGCCUACCUGCACGGCAAGGGCAUCGUGCACCGGGACUUGAAGCUGGAGAACCUGUUGCUGGACAAGCGGGAGAACAUCAAGAUCUCAGAUUUCGGCUUCUCCAAGAUGGUGGCUCCCCAGACGCAGCCCCCUCCCUCCCCGUCCUACCGUAUGAUGAGCUGCUUCUCCCACCUCAGCCAGACCUACUGCGGCAGCUUCGCCUACGCCUGCCCGGAGAUCUUGCUGGGCCUGCCCUACAACCCCUUCCUCUCCGACACCUGGAGUAUGGGCGUCAUCCUCUACACCUUGGUGGUGGCCCACCUGCCCUUCGACGACACCAACCUCAAGAAGCUGCUGCGGGAGACGCAGAAGGAGGUCAACUUCCCCAGCCAUGUCCAGAUCAACGACGAGAUUAAGGACUUGAUCCGUCGCAUCCUGCGCCCGGCUUCGAAACGUCUGAACAUCUUGGAGAUCCUGAAAGUCUCUUGGGUGUUGAAGUUCUUGGCGGAGAAGCCCACCUCCGAAUUGAAGGCCCUGGAGGCCAUCUGCGGACCCCGGACGCCGGACGCCGGCAAGAGCACCCUUACGCCCAACACCAAAUCUAAGUCUCUCACAUUUUCUCCAGACAAAAAAAAACCAGCCAGCCGGACUCGGAGCACGGGGCAGAUCAAGCCGUCUAAACAUGCAGAGAAAAGCAGCUGAAUACCCUAUUAAAGAAAGGGAAAACAAAAAUGAGAGGCCCCUACAAUUUUGCAGCUGGCUGUUGGGCUGCGCGGCUGGAUUUCUAGCUGCGGGGACAUGGCCAGUUAUACCCUGGGAAAGCAGGGAGGAUCUCAUGGCAAGGGGGUCUUUUAAAAAGAGGGAGGGAGGGGGGAAGAAU